AUGCCGGCCACUUCCCCAAACCACCCUUUCGCCUCGCCCAACGCCAUCCCGCCCCGCACAAGCUCCACGGGCAUCCUCAACUUGAACGCGAACACGGGUGCCGCCAAGCAACCUUCCAGAACCAGCGUCCUGCGUCCCCUGAGCGAGAUUGAUUGGCUGGGCCAGAGCAAGAAAAGCAAGACGAGCCACUCUGCAGACCCUUUGAAUGCGCCUUUCCAACCACAGUCGUUGCAACAUCCCUGGCCCCAGACCAUGGCCUCGCAGCUGAACUCGCCUCCCCGCACCGAGCACACAGACAUGGAUUCGCCCAUGGACAAUGCCCAAGCAGCCGUCAGCCUCGAAGCCACCACAAACUACCCGACGCCACUCUCUCCACCAUCAGAACACGCAAAGGACAUAGGCGAGGAGCUCAUCUACGGGAAUGGCGUCGCGUGGACAGAAGCCAAGGAGCGCAUAUUACUGGGGCCGUACGACUACCUCUAUGGCCAUCCCGGCAAGGAUAUACGGAGCCAGUGUAUUGCGGCCUUCAACCUGUGGUUGAAAGUGCCAUCAGAAAGACUGGAGAUUAUCACAAAAGUAGUGGGCAUGCUACAUACCGCGAGUUUACUUGUCGACGAUGUAGAAGACUCCUCUCUCCUCCGCCGCGGUAUCCCGGUUGCUCACUCCAUCUUCGGAACCCCACAAACAAUCAACUCAGCAAACUACGUCUACUUCCGCGCCCUGUCCCUUCUGCUCUCCAUGAACAACCCGAAACUCAUCGAGAUAUUCACCGAAGAGCUUUUGAACCUGCACCGCGGACAGGGUAUGGACCUAUACUGGAGAGAUAGCCUGACCUGUCCAAGUGAGGCAGAUUACCUAGAGAUGGUCGGAAACAAGACUGGCGGCUUAUUCCGAUUAGCAAUUAAGCUCAUGCAAGCCGAGUCGAAAACAGACAUUGACUGCACACCCCUCGUAUCAACGAUAGGCCUCCUCUUCCAAAUCCUAGACGAUCAUCUAAACCUCUCCCCCACAUCCGGCUACACAACUCUCAAGGGCCUCUGCGAAGACCUCACAGAAGGCAAAUUCAGCUUCCCUGUCAUCCAUGCCAUACGCGCCGAUCCAAGCAACCAGAUCCUCAUCAAUAUCCUCAAGCAGAAAACUACAGACGAGGAGGUCAAGCGGUACGCGUUGAGGUAUAUGGAGAGUAAAGGGAGCUUCGAAUACAGCAAGAGUGUUAUUGAGGAGCUGAGGAGUAAGACGGAUGAGCAUGUUAGGGUUAUUGAGAGAGAGCUGGGGCAAGAGGGGAGAGAGGGCGCGGAGGCUUUGAGGGUUAUGCUGGCGAGGUUGGUGUUGAAAUGA